CCUUCGCCGCACCCGCGCCGGAAGCCGGAUAGGUCGUGUGUGCUCUGCCACCGGAGGAAGAUCCGAUGCGACAGACAAACACCAUGCUUGGCAUGUGUGAGGGCUCGCCUCACGUGCACAUAUCCGGCAUCUGACAAACCUGUUCGUCGAGUCCGCAAGGCCACGAUUGCAGAUGUUGCUUCAAGGAUAUCAGAUCUUGAGAAGACAAUCGUAGCGGCGUCCAUUGACCAAGGAAGUACGGCGAGAAGAUCACUGCCGCCACAUGCUCAUAUAUCUGCGCCGGUGGGCUUGCCGGUGAGCCUGCCGGUGAGCCCGCAUGAGUCUCCGCAGGAACCUCAGGAAAUCCCUUCGGAGGAGGUCUUGAUCAGAAACGGCACCUCAAGCCAGUACUUUAAUGAACUCCUUAUCUCCAAAGUUAUUGAAGAGGAUCAAGACAAAUCCUCGCUGCUGCAUACACCAUACAGUGAGACCAAGCAGCAGGAUCUUGAUUCGCCCUUCAGUCUUAUGGGCUUACUGUCAAGCCCUGCCGUUUUUGAUGAAAAGGAGAGAGGUUGGCGGUUAUCCCGGCUGAGUGCCACACAGCUUUGGCAUCUUUUUGUACAAAAUGUCGAUGCCACUAUCAAGAUAUUGCAUAUUCCGACUGACGAGGUAACCGUUUUCACUGCUAUCCACCAACCGGAAUCCGUAUCUAGUGAUGUCCUGGCAAUGGUUUCAGCCGUGUACUUCGCUACAACGUUGACUCUGGAACCGGAGGAGGCUCAGCACAUCCUGGGCGUUGACAAGUCAAAUGCGCUGCGAACAUUUAAAAGAGAAUUUCAGAGGCAUUUGGCAGGGGCGGACAUGCUGGAGAAUCCAACAGCAUCAUCGCGAGCUUAUUACCACGGCAGGGGUAUCUGGAUCUUAAACGGUCUUGCUGUGAGAAUGGCGCAUUCUAUUGGCCUUCACCGGGACGGAACGAAACUGGGAAUGUCGCCAUUCGAGUCCGAAGUCCGAAGGCGACUAUGGUGGCACUUUCUUGCCAGGGACGGAAGAGCUGCUGAAGAUCACGGUAUUAGUUCAUGGUCGACUGUCCCGGGCUACGACACUAAAAUGCCACUGAACGUUGACGAUAAUGAACUUCGUCCGGAUAUGAAAGAGCUUCCGCCUCCUCACGGUGGAUGGACCAAAAUGAGUCUUCCACUGACAUGCAUGGAAGUGGCUCAAACGCUGCAGAACAUGGCCAAUCUCUCUAUGACGCCAUCAGGAUCGACGCCUAAAGAGGUUAUCAGGAGUAACAUGUUCAAUCAGCUCAGGUCUCGUGUUGAGCACUACAUAAAGCCAUGUAACCCAGUUAUUCCGAUACAGAGAAUGACCAUGAAAACAGCCCUCGCCAUGGUGCACAAAAUCGACUUUGUUACACGACAGCAGCUUGCCAUUAUGGAGAACCCCGAUAAGCGGAACGCGUUUGCCACAGAAGCAAAUCUGCUUUCUGCGCUAAGGUGUCUGGAAAUUCACCUCGAGUUAUGGGGAGAUGAGCUUCUUCGCCCAUAUAGAUGGUGCAUGUAUGGACAUCCACAGUAUCACAUGCUGCUAUACGUCCUCUGGCACCUCUGUGUUUGCCCUAGUGGCCCUAGCGUUGACCGAGCUUGGGUCAUUGUCGAAAAAACAUUUGAACUGGAACAAGUGAGGCUUUCUACGGCUGUGUCUAGCCCAGCACUGAAGUCUGUCAUCUUGAAGAGACUCCACAAGAAGGCUGUAAUGAUCCGACAAUCGUCAAUCAACGGAAGUGAUAAUACAAGCUCCACAUCUGGAAACGUGGACUGGAGUAGUCUUAUGCAGAAUAAUAUGCCCGAUUGGAACACGUUAGUCGAAGAUUUGCAUUUGGAUUUGCACGACUUUUCCAGUUAUUUUUAA